AUGGGUUCUGUUAACACGUUCGCCUUUCUGGACGAUGGAUCUUCAUUGACACUCGUGGAACAGUCGCUAGCGGAACAAUUGGAAGAAAAUGGACCAUCACGCGGACUUAUUCUGAAAUGGACAGGCAAUGUAACUCGUUGUGAGUCAGGCUCUCAAGAAGUUUCGUUCGGUAUCUCGGGACAAAAUACAGGAAACCAAUUCCAAGUAAAACGAGCCAGAACCGUGUCUGAACUAAAUCUCCCCAUUCAAUCACUCAACCUUAAUGAAUUAAUGGAGCAGUAUCCACAUUUGAAAAGCCUUCCAAUACACGAUUAUAAGAGCGCUCAGCCGCGUAUCCUCUUGGGUAUAGACCAAUUAAAAUUAUCGUUGCCUUUGAAGUAUCGAGAAGGAUGUGAAGGAGACCCCGUGGCCGCCAAGACCCGCCUAGGUUGGUGCAUUUAUGGUGGAAGUUAUGAGAACACCACAGUUGGAGUAACCUACCACAUUCUGGAUGCACCGGAGGAAAGCUUGCAUGAUAUGGUGAAACAGUAUUUCGGCCAAGAAGAUGCAGGGGUGAAAUCAUCUCUAGCUUUGGAGCCAACCGACGAAAAGAGAGCAAGACAAAUUCUCGAACAUACAACAAAACGGGUGAAUGGUCAAUACGAAACAGGUCUCUUAUGGCGAUAUGAUCACUUCGAGCUACCAGACAGCUACCAUAUGGCAUUACUUCGCCUAGAAUGCUUGGAGCGAAGGAUGCAACGAGAUCUAUUAUUGAAAGACAAUCUGCAUAGGCAGAUUAAAGAGUACCAAUCGAAAGGUUACGCCCAUCGUGCAGCAGCAAGUGAACUGUCUAGGGCUGACCCUCGCAGGAUAUGGUAUCUGCCGCUAGGAACUGUGAUAAACCCGAAGAAACCCGAAAAGAUUCGAUUGAUUUGGGAUGCCGCAGCAAGCGUAUGCGGCAUAUCGCUAAACUCGGUCCUUCUGAAAGACCCCGAUCAACUAUGCUCUCUACCAGGUGCCUUGUUUCGUUUUCGUCAACGACCCAUAGCAGUGAGCGGAGACAUCCGUGAAAUGUUUCACCAAAUACGUAUUCGUUCGGAGGAUUGUCAAUCCCAGCGGUUUCUUUGGCGCGAUGAGCCAAACCGCAAGCCGGAUAUUUUUCUGAUGGAUGUGGCUAACUUCGGGGCCACAUGUUCACCGUGUUCUGUACAGUACGUGAAGAACCGAAAUGCAAAGGAAUUUGCUGAUAAAUGGCCUAGGACUGCCGAAGCAAUUAUCGAAGGGCACUAUGUCGACGAUUACUUGGAUAGCUUCGAUUCCAUUGACGAGGCCAAGCUUAUCACAACAGAAGUAACGAUGAUCCACCAGAAAGGCGGAUUUGAAAUCCGCAAUUGGCUGUCCAAUGCACCCGAAGUGUUGAAUCACCUCGAAGAGGCUUCAAAAACAGUUGUCAAAAAUCUGGAUCUUGACAAAGGUAAUAACAAAGAACGAGUGCUAGGCAUGUUGUGGUUAACUGAAGCAGAUUCACUCGGGUUUUCGACGCAGAUGCGAGAAGACAUAGCGAAAAUAAUCGCAGAAGAACAGCGACCGACAAAACGACAAGUCUUAAAGUGCGUCAUGAGCUUAUUCGACCCCUUAGGCAUAUUGGCACUAUUCUCUGUUCAUGGUAAGAUUUUGAUCCAGCGAAUAUGGCGCUCAGGAAUAUCGUGGGACGACGAAAUAGAGUAUGGAGAGUACGAGUUGUGGAGUAAAUGGAUAGGAUUUCUCCCUUCCUUGGUUGACAUUCAAAUUUCUAGAUGCUAUAUGAUGAAUUUCAACCCAUCAGCCAAGCUCUCUACCCAACUACACAUAUUUGUAGACGCGAGUGAAGAGGCAUGUAGCUGUGUAGCUUACCUACGCUUCGUUUUGCCGGAAAACACAAUCUCAUGUGCCAUUGUAUCAGCUAAAACGAAGGUAGCUCCGCUCAAACCGCUGUCGAUACCUCGCCUGGAGUUGCAAGCCGCUGUACUGGGUGCUCGAUUAGCUCGCUUCAUAGAGGAGAACCACAACAUAAACAUUGAUGAAAAGAUUUUCUGGUCAGACUCGAGAAUCGUUCUGGCGUGGAUUAGAUCUGAUAGCAGACGAUACAGCCAGUACGUUUCAUGUCGGAUAGCAGAAAUUCUCACUCUAACCGAAGUAGACGAAUGGAAGUGGGUACCUACUAAAAUAAAUAUUGCAGACAAAGCUACAAAGUGGGGUUAUAGCCCAGGCUUCAACUGGAAGCAAUGGUUUACUGGACCUGAAUUUCUGUAUCUUCACGAACGCAUGUGGCCGGAACAGCCGAAUCUUAAGAAAAUGCGCACAGAAGAAGAGCUUAGACCUUGCUACGUUCAUUUAGUUAUACAAGAACGUCCCAUUAUACAGUUUGAACGGUUUUCCCGCUGGAAAAAGCUGCUGCGAACGGUUGCAUAUGUAUACCGGUUUCUCUCCAACGCAAAGGUGGCUCAACAGUCACGCUCUACAGGAUGCCUUACGCAAGACGAAAUAAUUGCUGCGGAAAACUCUAUUUUGCGUUUAUGCCAACUAGAAAGCUAUCCUGAUGAAUGUGCCAUCCUGAAGACAACGCGAGGCCAGGGUACUCUUAGUAAGAGCAGUCAGCUAUACGGUCAAAAUCCUAUAUUGGAUGAACAUCGUCGUCAUUGA